AACUUUGUUUUUAAUUAGAUAGACUAUAUUGCAUGUAUAUUGAGGUGACAUUUGUAAUGUAUUUAUGAUGUGUAUUGUUUGAUGAAAUGUUUAUGACCUAUGUUAAUAUUGUAUUAUAUACGAUGCAUAACAUGAAAAUAAAAUUGAAUUGAAAAAAUUGAAUUGAGGUCGCCCCAAAACACGCUGGCUUCAAGAUGUGGAGAAAGAUGUGGCGUGCUUGGCAGUGAGAAACUGGAGGAGGCGAGCAGGUGAUAGAGAUGAUUGGAGGCGAAUUGUUGAGGAGGCCAAGGUCCAAGUGGGGAUGUAGCGCUUCGGUGACAUCGAUAAAACAACAUAUUGCGGACUAUUGUGAAGAUUCAACCUUGGCUGGUGUCAAAUAUGUUGUCGCUAAAGACAGGCCACUAUUUGAAAGAACUUGGUGGAUGGUUGCAAUCACCUGCAGUUUCCUGUGGAGUAUGUACCUGAUUUAUGAGGUUUGGGACAAGUGGAAUAAUUCGCCUGUUAUAAUAUCGUUCGCAGAAGAGACCACUCCUGUAUGGCGAAUUCCUUUUCCUGCCAUUACCAUAUGCAGCAGGAACAAAGCAAGACAAUCUAUUUUCAAUUUUUCGAAGCUUAUUCGAACUAAGGUUUAUGAGCCUGAAAAUAUAACUGAAGAUGAGUUUGAAAAAACUUUGAUCUUAGAACAUUUGUGUUUUAACCAGCAAGCCUCGCUGGAUUUAUACAUGCCUACCUGUGUUAGUCCUUUAAUGAAUGAAUCGAUGAUUGACUUUCUUGAAGAGGUUGCAGGUUUACAGAAAGAGUUUUUCAGUUACUGUACAUGGCAAAAAGCAAUGAUUAAUUGCACACAGCUUCUCACUCCUAUCAUGACUGAGGAAGGAUACUGCUUCACCACAAAUAGUCUCAGUCAUUCUGAACUCUAUCAUAAAGAUGGGUUGAACUCGAAGUAUCUAAAGUCACUUCCAAACGCCACUGAUUGGGACUUGGACAGGGGUUACUACAAUGACACAGGUCCUUUGCACGAAUCGUAUCCACGCAGGGCCAUCAGCUCUGGAACCAGGUUUGGGCUGAGAAUUGUCAUUUAUGUGGACAACAAGGACUGGGAUGAUGACUGUAUGGGCCUUUUCGAUGGAUUCACGGUAACAAUGCACAAUCCAGCAGAGGUUGCAUCUGUUUCCAAUAGAUUUUUCAAUGUGCCUCGCGACCAAGAAGUAUUUCUGGCCGUGAAACCCCAACAUGAUGACAACUAGCAACGAUCUCCGCGGCUACAGUCCUCAACGCAGGCAAUGCUUCUUUGCAGAUGAAAGGAAACUUGCCUUCUUCAAAGUGUACACUCAAAAAAAUUGUGAGUUGGAAUGCCAAACCAAUUAUACCUUGGAAGAAUGCGGAUGUGCUAUGUUAGACAUGCCAAGAGCAACGGAUACUCCAAUCUGUGGACCUGGGAGUUAUGCAUGUGCAUAUAAUUUCUUCAG